AUGAAUCCACCAAUGCCUCAUCCACAUCACGCGGCAGCCGGCCCGGGCGAAAGACACGUUGUAUUCAACAACCCAUCAGGCCCAGUAAACUUUGACCACCUAGCGAAUCAGAUGCACCAAAUGCAUAUCCAGCAAGACAGAUUCAGUCCAAGCAGUGAGUCGAGAUCAAGGGAUUUCAUCGCUAACACGGACAUUGACGAAAAUGCGGGGACGUAUUAUGUCGGCUACACAUUCUUCAAGGCUCCAGCUGCUCCAGGAUAUCAACCAACUUGGAAAAAAGUCGAAAAGACCAAAAUGAACCUGAGACAGAAUGAUCUUGCCGAUCUCGUCCGAAAGGGGUCCAAGAAGAGAUCAGUCGCUGACCAGUACCAAAGCCUUUCGAACGUCAAGCGCCCCCAUGUGGACCGGUUAGUUGAGACCCUUCGGCAGAGUAACCCUCGCUUCCAAUGGAUCUGCGUUUAUGUAAAGGAGGACACGAAAGAAGUCAAGGGCAAGAACUACCGCCGUGGCGACUAUGAGACCACUUCUAUGCAUAUCAUUCUUCAGGGCAAAGCGACGAGCCGGCCAUCGUCUGAAGCGCCUGCGCAGGUCAGAGACCAGAGACCAGUUCAGACGCAGCGUCCUGGUCCCAUGCCGGAGACUCAGCAUAGGCCCUUCGUCGGAAAUGGCCCAUACGCUGAUCCGCGAUCCAUGCCAGGAUUUCCUCAGACGCCUAUGCCAUCUCAAAUGCAUAGCAUGCAACCAGGACCUGUGCAGCCAGGACCUGCUCAAUUUCACCAACCGGGCCCUGCUCCCUUCCGUCCCCCACCACAGAAUGUGAUGAGAGAGCCACCGUUUGCGGAACAGGUCAACUGGGCGCAAAAUAUCUCCAGAAGCCAGCCAACGCCUGCGCCAGUUAUUCACAAUCCUAAGUCUCAUGCACCUGCACCCGUCACCAGACCUGAUCCGCCAGGUGAUGGUGCGCAUAAAAUUGUAAUGGAACCAGAUCGCAAGAGCCACAAGAAAGAGGUUCCCCAUCAGAGCGCAGCCCGCGAUCCUCAGGCGAAAGCCAGGGUCAAACAUGACAAGGCUUCGAAGCAACGCCCUGAAUCAGAGCCGGAUCUUGUGUACGACAGUGACAGCAGUGAUGACAUCCUGACACCGGAUCAAGAUGAUGACAUUUCAGAUGAAGAGUUCUCAAGCCAGGAGGCCAAGUCGCUAAAGACGCCAAAGCCCUGGCGAGGGAGCCUCUACCGCGGCCAUUCAUCUUCGCAGCCUCGCCAUAGGCGCCGCACACACUAUCGAAAAGACCCGACUCACCGAAAAGAGUCGCAGCAAGCUAGCGACCAUAGCCGGGGGUACCGAAGAUACCGAGAUGAGGGUGCUGUCGACAUUGUUCCGGCGGAUUCAAGGCAUGUUGGCAGACUUGCGAAUAGGUACCAUGGCCAUGGUCGACAAUGGGCGGCUCAGCCUAGAAUAGUUCACCAACAGCCUAGCAAUGAUGAAAUGGAACUGCUUAUGAGCCAGGUCAGAGGACGAGCGCAGAAUGACAUUCGGAGUCGAAUGUUGGAGGAUUGGGAAGCAGAUCUCGCGGAUCGUGAGCACUUGUUCGAAUAUCAGAAACAGAUGUUCAAGGACACGUUUCGCACCGAUCGAAUGGAUGAUGCCCCUAUGCUGAACCGCCCAAGGGCCCUGCGCGACCCGCCCGCAUAUGCCCGUGGCUUUAUGCAGAGGGCCUUGCAUUACUGA